AAGGACGACUCUUAUCUUAUGAUCUGAAACACUGUGUCUGUCUCCGGAGCCCAAGUGAGAUUACGUCUGAGUUUUUGGUACUCCGGCAACUACUUUAGGUCCUUAGCUUUUGUGGUUAUACAUAUAACAACAACAACUAAGGAGGGAGGAGAACAGAGAGAGAGAGAGAGAGAGAGAGAGAGGAAGAGAAGGUGAAGAAACAAGGGGGACCGACUGCUUAUAUUUUGGCGGGCAGCAACGGUCAUUAUCAAUGAUUUUAUGUGGGUAGUGCUGAAGCUGGUGCUGCUGGUUGCUGUUGCUUGUGCCUCUCUCAUACUCAUUUGACCCAUCUAAUCACGCUUGCAUUGUAUAUUCAAUAUCAACAUUGCUACUUCUCUCCAUCUUCUUCAUCAUAUAUACCAAACCCCUCGUUCCUCCUCUCCUUUUCUUUGACGUCUCUGGACAUUCUUUCUUUUUCUAUCACAAGGAGAACAAGGUCAAAGAAAAGGCUUCCUUGAGGUGUUUGGGCACAAGUGGAAAAAGCAGAUCUCAGUCAUAUGAAGAGAUCUUUCGCUCUGGUGGAUGUGCUUCUGGUACUUGCAUUGCUCUGUGAUCGUCCAUGGGCUGCCAGUGCCAGGGGCAGCUCACACUCACAUUGCAAAGGGGGCGACUCAGGGGAAAUUCGACCUCAUAGCGUCACUAUUACUGAAUUUGGCGCCGUUGGAGACGGUGUCACUCUCAACACUAAAGCCUUUCAGAAUGCCAUCUUCUAUCUCAAUUCAUUUGCUGACAAAGGUGGGGCCAAGCUUUUUGUCCCAGCAGGUCGGUGGUUGACAGGAAGCUUCCGUCUCAUCAGUCAUCUAACCUUAUGGUUAGACAAGGAUGCAGUAAUUCUUGGAUCACAGAACUCUGAUGAUUGGCCAAUCAUUGACCCUCUACCAUCCUAUGGCCGAGGUAGGGAGUUGCCUGGUGGAAGGCAUCAGAGCCUCAUUUAUGGACAUAAUUUGACAGAUGUUAUCAUAGCAGGUGAUAAUGGGACCAUUGAUGGUCAAGGCAGCAUUUGGUGGAAUUGGUUCCACAACAAAACCCUGAAUUAUACACGCCCCCAUUUGGUUGAGUUCAUCCACUCAAAUGCGGUUCUCAUCUCAGAUCUGACCUUCUUAAACUCACCAUUUUGGACUAUUCACCCGGCGUAUUGCAGCCAAGUUACUGUCCAAAAUGUGACAAUCCUUGCUCCUCUAGAGUCUCCAAACACUGAUGGGAUCGAUCCAGACUCUUCUGAAAAUGUUUGCAUUGAAGACUGUUAUAUUAGCACUGGCGAUGAUGUGAUUGCCAUCAAAAGUGGAUGGGAUGAAUAUGGUAUUUCGUAUGCACGUCCCAGCACAAAGAUCAUUAUUCACAGGCUUAUUGGAGAAACUCGAAGCGCAGGGAUUGCAAUUGGAAGUGAGAUGUCUGGAGGCAUUUCAGAAGUUCAUGCAGAAAACAUACAAUUUUUCAAUUGUACUACAGGUAUCAGAAUAAAGACAUCUCCUGGAAGGGGGGGUUAUGUGAGAAAUAUUUUUGUAUCAAAUAUGACCUUGACCGAUGUAAAUGUUGCUAUAAGGUUCACGAGUCAUUAUGGAGAGCACCCAGAUCAGUUUUUUGACCCAAGCGCUCUUCCUGUAAUAGAAAGGAUUACAAUAAAAGAUGUUGUAGGAGAGAACAUUAAGUUUGCAGGCCUCUUAGAGGGUCUAGAAGGGGACAAUUUUGUCAAUAUUUGCCUAUCCAACAUUACCUUUAAAGUAACCUCGAAGUCUCCAUGGAACUGCUCUUAUAUUCAAGGAUACUCUGACUUAGUUUCCCCAGAAAUCUGCAAGCCUCUGAAGAAGAGAAUCUACCCUGAGCAUCACUCAGAUUGUUACCAUCUAUCAAAUCACUUAUGGAGUUCAAAUAAUCAAAGAAAAGAAACACAACAACCCAUUGCCUAGCUGAAGAACACAACUACGCAACAUGAAGUUGAGCGGACUCGUACGAGUUGUGGUUGCUUUUCUGGCCUACGAGGUGGUAUUGAGAAAUGAUUGUUUGUUGUAAAUUUGUGCGCAGUGACUAAUAAUUGAGUGAUCUAUCAAAAGCUAGAAAUGGAAUGAGUUUAUGCUUUCAAGAUCCAUUCUUUCUCUGUUUUUUGGUUUUCUAGAUAUACAUGAUCUUUGGUGAUUUGGUCUCCCAAACUUUGUGCAGAAUAACACUUCUUUGAGGCUGAACUUGUACUAAACAGAAGCAGGGACAGCUUCCUAUUUUUGAUUAAGUGCCCUUAUAAUUAUUUGCA